UUUUUUUGAGUUUCAUUUGUAGUAGAUUAUAGUUAGGCAAUAUGAAGGACCUAGAUCUUACACUGGACUACAUGGAAAACGCGCGUUUUAACUACGUCUAUGGAGCCGCAGUUGCUCGCAUGGAAUCAUCGGUCUUCACAGAGAUUGAGCUGCUCUGCAUCUCAAUGAUCUACCAUAAGUUUGUACUGCAGAAUGGACCUCGGGCGAGGUACAUGUCCUUAAUGCAACUAAGCAAGUUCCUACAAUUGGUGCUCCACAUCACGAAUCAGCGUAUUAACCGACGGAUUGUGUUUUUUGUAAGCGAUGAUCCGGACUGCACGGAUCCAAAAUUCUCCCAUGAGCGCCAUUGUACCUUGAACAGUUUUAUAAAAAUGUUUUCCGUCUACUUCUCCGAUGAUAUGGCGGUGCGUACGAGAUUUGCCUUUAGUAUUUACGACGAGGAAUCUGUCGGAUAUCUGAACCGAGAGCAAGUGAUGCGAUUUGUAGACGAAUUUUUUACCGGCGAUGAUGAGGAUGAGAUUUUCGAGAUGCGCGCUGACAUGCUGGAACUGCUUUUUAUAAAAUUUGAUAAAGAUAAGGAUAUGUUAAUCUCGUACGAUGAAUAUUGCGAUGUUGUGCGUCAACAACCCGAGUUAUUGGAAUUUCUAGGUGUUAUUUUUCCAUCCAAGGUACAAAUGGAUGUCAUUGGUCUAUGUGUCAAUCUCUUGCCCAAAAUAGGAUAACUUAAGUUCAUAAACGUUUUAUAAUCUAUACAAAAAAUACAAGAAUGCGAAUGUAAAUGUCACAGAUGCGAUAAAAA